AUGGAAGUAAUAUUUUCACUGAAGGUUGAGUCUCCAGUCUCAGGGCUCCUCGGUUCCUCUGUGUCUCUGCACUGUGCUGUCACCAACAACAUGGAUGUUCGUCAUGAGGAAGUGCGCUGGUACCGUCCUAAUAUGUAUGACACCCCAAUACUCCUCUAUGAAAAUAAACAGAUCCAGAAGAGUCCUGUAGAUGUUCAGUACCAGGGCAGAGUGUUCCUGUUAGGAGAUCUGGAGAAAGGAGACGUCUCUGUGAAACUGGAGAACCUGACGCUAACAGAUAGAGGAGACUACACAUGUCAUGUGAGCACUGAUAUCUGGUAUGACAAGGCCACAGUGACCCUCAGACUGAGAGCGGUGGGAUCCACUCCUGUUCUCUCCAUACAUGAAGCAGGAGAAGGGAAGGUGAAUGUUAGCUGUCAGUCACAUGGUUGGAUACUUGAGCCGUCAAUCACCUGGACAGAUAAAGAUGGGAGAGAUCUGAAACAUCUCAGUAAUGACAAGUUCACCAACAACUCUGUAGGGACUGUAGAUGUGAGCUCGUGGCUGAUUGUGUCUCCCUCUGAGUCUGAGUGGAUCUCCUGCUCUGUGGGUUUGUCUGAUCAGGAGAGAAAAGAAGACAGAAUAAUGUUACACGUCCCUGCACGUGACACAGAGUCGUUGACUGGAUACAUCAUCAUCAUCAUUGCCGUUCUUCUGGUGCUGUGUGUCGUCGGAAUUGCAGUGUAUUGUGUGCUACGUAAAAAAGUGUGUGUGAGAGCAGAGGUCAGUCAGCAGGAAUCAUCUGAACAUCAGAAUCCUGAAACACUGGAAGAUAAAACACACCUUCCAGAUUUAGAACAAGUGAAACAAUACAAAGUGAACAUCAGCAUCGACCCAGAGGAAACUCCAGAGUCUCUAAUAUACGAGGGAAAGGAAGUGAAGAGAAGUCCUGUGUACGCUCACUCGGACGGUGCCAAGGCUGAGUUUAAAUACUUCACUCUGUGUAAAGAGAGGUUUCAGGCUGGUAAACAUUACUGGGAGGUGAAACUGGGAGAGUCACAGAAAACACUAAAACACUCCUGGUUUGUUGGUGUAGCGAGUGAUGAAGCUGAGAAAGAGUACAGCGUCGAGUUUACACCACAGGAUGGGUUCUGGGUUCUCUGUUAUGAAAGAGGAGAUAAAGGAGUUUAUAUCAGAGAUCAAACAGAAGUGAUUUCACUCCCAGAUGUUAAUAAAGAGCUGACAGCAGUGGGAGUGUUUUUAGACUGUGAUACACACACACUGUCAUUUUAUAAUAUUAAUACACACUCACACAUCUACACUUUCACUAAUGUGGACGUCAGAACAUCACUGCGUCCUCUGAUCAGCCCUGGAGUCAGAGACGUUCAUCCUGUAUGGAUUAUUUAGGAGAAUAAAGACAUCUGUAAUAUGAUGAUGUGUGAGUUUAUAAUGUAUUUAUAUAAAGUGUGUAUACAUACUGUACAUAACACACUCAUUACAUUUUCCAUCUCUGUUUACUGAAGUGUUUCCUCACAGCUGUAAACACACACCUUUACUCUGACGUGUGUGUUAAUGUCGGCACUUCUUUACUGUCCGUGUUCUGAUUUGCUUCUUAAACUUUGUGAAUAAUUGAAUUAAAGUGAUGCAAAUGAUAUG